GAGUGCACCAGCCGUCGUCCAUCCUUCCUCUUCUCACCCGCACCCCUUCAAAAAAAAACCCCUUAUCCCCGACCCCCGACCCUGUCCCCUGUUAACCAAGAGAAUGAAUUAGACCAACGAAAUCGACCGUCGAAUCAACAGACAGCCUACAGAUCCAACAGCAUGAUCCUCUUCUUGUCAAAUCGUGCCCUGAAGAACGAACCGGAUGGAACAGCCCUGCUGAGUGGAGCAUCUUCGUGCACGUGUACACUACGACCGUGUAAAUUGUCCACAUCCCAACCUCUUCUGUCUUGGAAUGUCUGUUCCCCGUUCCCGUUCGAGGCUCUACGAGCCGGCAUUUCACCUUUUCUUAUUACCUGUUUGUUAUUUCGUGAAUUUCAACCCACGGACAUGUACGGAUAGACUGGGCGCCCUUAUGGGGAGCUGCAACCUAAGAUAUCUCUGGGGUUAAAUGUGGUUUCAUACGGGAAUUUCUGGGUUCUGCAAAAUCUAGCAACGGUCCUUUCAAAGUAUCCUAUUACUCGUACCGUCUUCAGGGCAAAUAUGGCGUAAGCAAACUCCUGAGCUCCCUAUUCGUACUUGGGGGCGAACCUGUCCAAAGUUGAAUCCUCUUUUGAGCUCCACGCAGUAGAGUACACCGCCAUAACGGAAACCAACUCCUCGCAGAGUGCGCAGUCUAUCUCUGUGUAUUGUGUAUCCUUAACCUAACCUAUAACCUUUCCUUUCGUCGUCCAUCGGCACCGACAACGAUGAUGGUGAUGGUGAUGAUGAUGAUGAUGAUGUUACGACGACGACGACGACGACGUUUAUUAUAAUGAUAAUUAACUGUGUUUAAUCUAGUUCGACUGUCUAUCUCGUUUUUUUUGUCACGUUUAACUCCCCGUUUCUGUUUCUUCUCUUUUUACUUUUCCGUUGCCUUUCUCUGUCCGUUUUUCUUUGUCCGUGUCGGAUCGAAUCUUUUUUUUCGUGUAUAUGCAUAUAUAUACACACGCACCGCGAAUAUAUACAUAUGUAUAUACUUGUUUCUCCUUGACGAUUAUUUUCCUUUUUGUUUCCUUUAUGCGAUUACAUUACAUAUUACGCUAGUUUAUAGAAUCAUUUGUACCAUCUGUAAUAAGUGCCAUUAAAAGACGAAAAAAGGGAAAGAAAAAAAAACAGAAGGAUCCUGGUGUUCUUCAUUGACAAUGCUUCGCGAGCUGCGAACGCAUUUACGGUCGGACAAAAAUGUUCUUGCCUAAAAUUCUUGUGUAUGUAGUAAUCUUGUAUGUAGUCUUCUUAUGUAGUCUUUCCGCGAGCUUUUUCUAUUCAAAGCUGACGGUAAUAUGGUACGAUAAUAUGGUACAGAUGAGAAAUUUUGAUCCAUGGAUCCACUGUGUCGAAAACAUUUUUGACCCACUGUAGGUGCAUACACAACCUGCUUCGUUAUGUACACGGCUGCACGAAAGUGUUCGACCAUAACCUCACUUUACUCUUCUCAAUCUUUCCGAUUUCCCUACGGUUAUUUUUGAGGUUAGAACUAAUGUCUCGUAAUUCAAGUGUGAGAUCUUCCGUGGAGAUUCGUGGGUAUAACGUUCCCAUUUGGAAAAGGGGGUUAAUUGAAAUUUACGAAAUUUACUGGUGAAGUCUAUCGAACACGUUGUGCACCGGUGUACGUACCCGUAGUUAUGUAUAUAAAUCUCUAUAACCCAAAAAAAGAAGAAAAAAGGAAUAGAAAACAGAGAAUAAUAGAAAAGAGUGCACGAAAUUUCGGCCUGGCGUCGCAAAACGGAAAGGAGUACCAAGCACCCAAGGUUCAUGGAUGAACCUGCCAGGCUGUCCGUUAACCCAGUUUCCCCGUACCCUGGACCCCUUUAAAGAAAGAAAGCACGACAAAGAUAAAAAAGAACAUAUAUAUGUACCUUAAACUACCCCCGCCAGCCCCGUCGAGUGCGAGCCAACCGGAGGCCCAUUGAACAAUAUAUGUUGUCGCUUUAUCACGAGCCUGCGCGCACCCCUCGUGAUAAAGGGAAUUAUCGAGUAACAAAAUCAAAAUGGGAACUUUCGAGAGGAUCAAACGCCGUUCUGGAGCCACGAGCCAUCGCGAAGGCACCGGAAGGAGAGGGUUGCCCUCGAUGCGGAGGAUACGUGUACGCGGCCGAGCAGAUGCUGGCUCGAGGAAGGCAAUGGCACAGGGAAUGUUUUAAAUGUGCCAACUGCUCCAAGAGAUUAGAUUCCGUCAACUGCUGCGAAGGUCCUGAUAAGGACAUCUACUGCAAAGUAUGCUACGGAAAGAGAUUCGGACCGAAGGGUUAUGGCUACGGCCAGGGUGGUGGCGCCCUACAAAGCGACUGCUACGCCAAUGGCGACGCCGCUCCUCGUACGACCGUGAUCGACACCGCCAUAAUCAAGGCCCCACCAGGCAAGGGUUGUCCACGCUGUGGCGGCGUUGUGUUUGCCGCCGAACAAGUGCUGGCAAAGGGUCGCGAGUGGCACAGGAAGUGCUACAAGUGUCGCGACUGCACCAAAACCCUCGACUCCAUCAUCGCCUGCGACGGUCCUGACAAAGAUGUCUACUGCAAGACCUGCUACGGAAAGAAAUGGGGACCGCACGGAUACGGAUUCGCAUGUGGAUCAGGAUUCCUGCAAACUGACGGCUUAACGGAGGAAGAAAUCUCGGCCAGCCGACCAUUCUACAAUCCCGACACGACCUCGAUCAAGGCACCCGCCGGACAAGGAUGCCCCCGUUGCGGUGGUAUGGUGUUCGCCGCUGAACAACAGCUCGCCAAAGGCACCAUGUGGCACAAGAAGUGCUUCAACUGCGCAGAAUGCCACCGACCACUGGACUCCAUGCUUGCCUGCGACGGCCCCGACAAGGAGAUCCACUGUCGGUCCUGCUAUAGUAAAUUGUUCGGACCCAAAGGUUUCGGAUUCGGCCAUAAACCGACUCUUGUUUCGACGGACUCAGAACACGCUCCUUCAUACAUCGACGCGAAGCCCCAAGUCGGCCAGAAGCGGAACGACGGGCACGGUUGCGCGCGCUGCGGAUACCCGGUGUACGCCGCCGAGCAGAUGAUCUCGAAGAACCGCGUGUGGCACAAGCGUUGCUUCAGCUGCGGCGCGUGCCAUCGUUCGUUAGACUCCACGAACCUGAACGACGGUCCGGACGGGGACAUCUACUGUCGCGGUUGUUACAACCGAAAUUUCGGGCCCAAGGGCGUAGGAUUCGGCAUGGGCGCGGGCACCCUGACGAUGGCCUAAUCGACCACCCUCGCGAACCAGUCUCAUAUAUAUAUAUACGAAUAUAAAUAUAAACGCAAAAGCUAAAUUAUAUCCGGACACGCGUGCGCGCAAACGAACGGCGGGCAAACCGUUACAUGGCCGAUCGUUCGUUCGCGCGCAUCGCCAUAAUUGUAUAUGUAUAGGCGCCUGACUUCCUCGACUAACACCGAGACCACGAAGAAAACACGCUGCUCCGUACAAUGGAUAACAUUCGUUUCUCUUUUCGCUGAACGACCAUAGCGCGCAACACCGAUCCGGAAACGCGUGCGCGCCAACGACCGAGACGCAAACCGAUCACGAUCCACGAUCGUGAAACGAGUGACAAAUUGAUUUUUGUUACUUUUCUAUGCCGACUGUCCGCGAAACGCGUGUUCGCGAUCCCCUGGACCCUGGAUCUUGUACACCUCGAUUCUGGGACUGUUCCCGCCAAAAUGUAGCGCUUUCCCGCCAAAACUUGGAAGGUUAAUCUCUGAUGCGAUGGCGCUACGCUUUGACGUGGAACUGUACCGUAUUGUUGAAGCGAGAUGAAAGAUCUUUUUAUGUCCCAGGGAUCAGGGGAACGCGAACAACGCAAAGUACAAAUGGAGAAUAAUGGGCAAUUUCUGAUAAUUCGAUCACUGUUGACUUUUCCAUCACUUUGAUUCGAUGAAGAGCACUGAGAAAUUUUAAUAGCCUGAAAUAAUUCGAUAGUCUUCGAAGUCUUGAAACAUUAUCUUGCGUUCUGAAGAUUCAAGGCUUCCGAGACGUUUCAAAAUUUGUUAACCUCGAACGAACCUCGAAGCGAUCAUCGGCUCGUCGCUGCUCGAAACGCGAUCAGGAGCAACGAUGUAACGACGACGAAUAAAACAAAAAAAUGAACGAUUAUUUUCAAUAAAUGUAUAUUUCGAAAAGGAACGAACGGAAAAAUUGUGGGCUAUGGGUUGGGGCUGGGUUGUGGACCUGUGUUUGAAAAGGGAAGCGACGAACAUCGUGUCUCGACGGCACUCGACAUUCCAUUUGUCAGAUCGAAGACGCGUCGAAGGAAAAGUCAUCGUUCGGGAAUUAAAUUGAUGCAAAUGAUGCGCCUCGCGCGCUCAGCAAUCGCCCGAAGCAUUUACUAUAUAAAAAUAGUUUCAAUAUCGACGGCGCAUACACACACACACAUAGAGAGAGAGAGAGAGAGAACGUGCG